GGCGAACCACCACCUCGACCCUGACUCACGACUUACACGCCUUCACCCACUACCACUCAGGACACAAUGAUUAAGAUCUGGAGUAUGAAGAAGAAUGAGGACGCAGCGGCGAAGAAGAAGCCCAAGACGAGUGCCGCUCAGAUUCGAGUACAGAAAGAUUUGACUGAACUCGACCUACCGUCGACGAUGAAGACACAUUUCCCCGAUCCCGCUGAUCUGCUCAACUUCACCUUAACGAUUACCCCCGAUGAAGGAAUGUACAAGGGUGGCGCUUUCAACUUCUCCUUCGCAAUCAACACCAACUACCCCCACGACCCACCAAAGGUCAAGUGCACGCAAACGAUCUACCACCCGAACGUUGACCUCGAAGGCAAUGUUUGCCUGAACAUCUUGCGAGAGGACUGGAAGCCUGUGCUGAACCUCAACUCCGUAAUGGUCGGCCUGCAGUACCUCUUCCUGGAACCGAACCCAGAUGACCCACUGAAUAAAGAUGCUGCACUGGAAAUGACGCGAAACCGAGAGCAGUUUAUCAACAAUGUGAAGGCAUCGAUGAGAGGGCAGUACAUCAAGGGCACCCAGUACGACAAUGUCCUCGCCCGAUGAUCCCUCUUCAUGGUCCCUCACCCUCCAUCGCUAUCUGGCUAUGUUUGCUUUCUAUUGACAUUAUCAUUUUACACGCCUGACGCUCACUAUUCUCAAUUGCUCAUUGUGGAUAUAUUCACAAUAGAUCAUACAGCCUGGAGCAUAAUCGUGUUUCAUGGACGCAUUGCUGUCUCCUAUAUACACUCCUAAUACACCUGCCUGCGCGCCUGGCUAUCAACUUCCUCGGUACGUUGUG